AUGAGUGACGAAAAAGAUGAGGUCGGGACACCGACCAAGGAAACCGGACCUUCCUCCAUAAAACUUCCAAUGCUGAAUGCUUCAAACUACACGGUCUGGGCUAUGAGAAUGAAGAUCGCACUCAAGGUUAACAAAGUUUGGGAAACCAUUGACCCCGGGAACAAACACGAAGAGAAAAAUAACAUGACAAUAGCUUUGUUGUUUCAAUCAAUUCCCGAGGCUUUGAUACUACAGGUUGGUGACCUUGAUACGGCAAAAUCAGUUUGGGACGCCAUUAAAGCUCGACAUGUGGGAGCUGAACGUGUGAAAGAAGCGAGACUACAAACCUUGAUAGCGGAGUUUGAUAGACUCAAGAUGAAAGAUUCAGAUACAAUUGAUACCUUCUCCGGAAAGCUAUCCAAAAUCUCUUCGAAGUCUUCAUCGCUAGGAGAAAUCAUCGAGGAACCAAAACUCGUGAAGAAGUUUCUGAAGAGUUUGCCAAGAAAGAAAUAUAUUCAUAUUGUGGCAUGUCUUGAACAGGUACUUGACUUAAACACCACAAGCUUUGAAGAUAUUGUCGGUAGGCUAAAAGCAUAUGAAGAGAGGAUAUGUGAAGAAGAAGAAGAGCAGCAUGGUGAUGAUCAAGAUAAGCUAAUGUAUACUAGCUCAAACAUGGAGUCUCAGCAAGAGAAUUAUGGCGGUAAUAGAGGCAGAGGACGCGGAGGACGAUCCGGCUGGAGAGGAAGAGGUCGAGGAAGAUAUGACUGUCCAGAUAAGUUGCUUAAACUCCAAGAAACAGUGGAGAAGAAAGAUGAAGACACUCAGGAUGCCGAUGAACUAAUGAUGCAUGAAUUGGUUUAUCUUAAUGAGCAAAAGGUAAAACCGAGUAUCUUUGCUUCUGAACAAGAUACAACGAACAUCUGGUACCUCGACAACGGAGCAAGUAAUCAUAUGCGCGCAAACCGUAUGUUCUUCUCAACACUCGAUGAGAGAAUUACCGGAAAAGUCCGUUUUGGUGAUGAUUCUCGAAUUGACAUCAAAGGAAGAGGCAACAUUCGGUUCAUAUUUGAUGGUGGUGAGAAAAAGAUACUAAAAAAUGUCUAUUAUAUACCGGGACUUCGAAGCAAUAUAAUCAGCUUGGGACAAGCUAUAGAGGCUGGAUGCGAAGUGAGAAUGAAGGACAAGGAGCUGUACCUUCUCGACCGUUUUGGACACCCAAUGGUAAAGACCACACGCUCUCCGAACCGACCAUACAAAGUCAUUCUUGCAGCCAAUACAGUUCAAGUUCUUCAAUUCUCUGAAGCUGCAGAGUCAUACAAAUAG